AUGGUUCGCCUUAAGAGCAGAUACAUUCUUUUUGAAAUCCUAUACCCACCUAUCCAUUCAAAUAAUAAAUAUGAGAACCUGGGGUUUACUUCCGUAGAUGACGUAUUGUUACACUAUCAUCAAAUGUCAUCACCUACAAUAACAUACAAAAGUAUCUCACAAGAAUUGCGAAGGGUUUUACAGGUUAAUUUCGGUGGCUAUGGUGUUGCAAGAGCAACUAAUAUUCUUCAGGUGAAAUAUUUUUCUAAUAAAACUUCAACAGGUAUUUUACGAUGUAGUAGGGAAGAUUACGAGCUCGUCAUUAUCGCUCUAACGUUCAUGACAAAGCUUGGUAAUGUUGAAAAUAUUAUAGUUAAUCCAGUUAAAAUCAGUGGUACUAUCAAAAAAAUCGAGCAGUUUGCCAUUAGAAGAAACAAGCAGCUUGCGUUCAAGUUUAAUCGGACAAUUAGUUUGAAUGAUUUUGAGAAUGUAAGUGAAGAUGAUGCAAACGAAUAA